AUGAAGCUCGCCGUCUUUAGCGCCAAAUCUUACGACCGCACCUAUCUCGACCAGGUGCGCGAGCAGCACUUCCCCGACCUGUGCACCAUCCAAUACCAUGCCUUCGCACUGUCCGAGGAGACCGUGCCCCUAGCCCAAGGCUGCGACGCAGUGUGCGUCUUCGUCAACGACACCCUAGACGAGCGCGUGCUGCGAUCCCUCUACUCUGUACAGAGUAGUUACUGA